AUGGUAGGAUCAGAGCAGCAGCUGCGGGUUGGGGCAGUGGCGCACAGGGCUGGGGCUAAUGGCUGUGAGAGUGAGAGCUGUGGUACUGAGGCAUUGCUACUGGAACAUUCAUUUAAGAUUGGUGAUGAAGCCAACUUCCAGAAGAAUGGCUCACUGCUCUGGAACCAGCAGGAUGGCACCUUGUUGGCGACACAGCGGCAGCUCAGCGAGGAGGAGCCUGGCCGGCACUGGGAUAUGGCUGCUCUCAAUGGCCUCUACAGGGUCCGGGUCCCAAGGAGGCCUGAGGCUGGCAGCUACAUGUCUUCCUUUGUCCGUUCCCUGCUGGAGUGGCACCUCCCUGACCAGCUAGCCUUGCAUGUGGAUGUGGCUGGCAACGUGGUGGGCCUGUCAGUGGUGGUGUACCCCGGGGGCUGCCGGGGCUCCGAGGUGGAAGAUGAGGACCUGGAGCUGUUCAACACAUGUGUGCAGCUGUGGCCUCCAGGCACCACCCUAGGUCCUGAGACUGCAGCCUUCAUUGAGCGCUUAGAGAUGGAACAAGCGCAGAAGGCCAAGAACCCUCAGGAGCAGAAGUCCUUCUUUGCCAAAUACUGAAUGUGCAUCAUUCCAGUUGUGCUGUUCCUCAUGGUGUC